AUGAUCAUUCCAAUCCGAUGCUUUUCGUGCGGCAAGGUGGUGGGUGAUCUCUGGGAGAGAUACCUGCAACUGAUCGAUGGCGAGGAGAUCACCGACGGUGAUGCUCUGGAUCAGCUCGGCCUCAAGCGCUACUGCUGCCGUCGCAUGGUCAUGACCCACGUCGACCUCAUCGAGAAGCUUCUCAAGUAUACUCCCGAUGGCCGCAACGUCAAGAAGAUCGAGAUGCAGACACGCAAUGAGGAACAGGGGAUGUAA